UCCAUAUACUCCCCCCAGGCAGGAAUCCGGUUGAACCAUGGAGUCGAUAUCCCCCUUCAUGAAAAACAGCUCUGUUCGGAGAUUGAGUUUGGAGUUGGUUCACAAGUUCGCCACAAACCUGCUCACAUCGUCCCCUGUGAGGGAAGGAGUGCUGUCCCCUUGUACGCCACGGCCAUGCUCAAGUCGCAGAAGGGCAUCGGACGUUUUCGACUCUACCUCUUCAACGUCCCCUACGACCCUACGACCCUUAUUGUCAUUGAGCCCAUUUGCUCAUCAGCAGCCAGGUCACCCCACCGAGUACCAGAAAGGAGAAUGGGUGCCAUUCGAGAAGAAGAGGAAACAGCAGGAGCAACAGACCCCCAGGAAGUCUUCAGUGGUGACAUGUCACGUGAUUCCACCCACCCCACGGCGUCGUGCCUCAAUGUCUUUCUCACCUCAGGCCAUCUUCUCCAUCACAUCACCACCACCACUGGAGGGCAAGAAGGAUAACAAGCAGGUCUCGCCACUCGUAUCACCAACAAAGCGUCGCUUUUCUUCUAGCUCUACUUUUAUUGAGUUGGGCCAUGACCUUGAAACGGUCGCAUUUCGGGUGUGUGAAGGGUUGGCCCUCCGACCUCAAGAAGUGUUGGGGAGAGGAAGCUUUGGAACUGUGGUGGCUGCUACAUACCAAGGUCGUGAAAUUGCCGUCAAAGUGUUGCGCCAGGCCAAGUAUAAGCACCAUCUCAAGGGGGAACUAAAUGGUCUUGGUCUUCCUCCUCAUCCACACAUCGUCUCAGUGCUGGACAUUCUUCGAGUUCCACCCGAUCGAGCACUUGUCCUUCUUGAGCGGAUGGAGCCUCGCAAUCUCCUCGCCCUCAUCAACGACCCCGACUUUUCCCUCGGGUUCCAAUACGUUGUGGACAUGAGCAGCCAGAUUGCAUCCGCUCUCGACUUUUGCCACACCCAUGGCGUUCUCCACCUCGACGUGAAACCACAAAAUAUUCUACUCAGCUACAACAAGGACGUCAAACUCUCUGAUUUCGGCAACUCUCGACUUAUUGCAGAUGUGAGAAGAACAAACAAUUUUACAAAGCUGGAUGGAACGGUGGGCUACAAGGCUCCGGAGCUGUUUCGGGGAGAAAAACCAACCGAAAAGUGUGACGUGUACAGUUUGGGAAUUACCAUGUGGCAGCUGGUGACCCGAGAGCAACCUUAUUUGGGAGAAAGCGAGCACUCGGUAAUUUACAAGGUUACAGCGCAAAGACUUCGACCCCAAGCCGUCUGUGCCUUCCACACCCACCAGAAAAACAGUCACGAGCAAACGUUCACUCGAAUAUACGAAACAGCUUGGAGUGGCAACCCCAGCCGACGCCAGUCCACCCACCAACUUGACAAACAACUCUCGCAGCUUUUGAGCCAGCUUCCAAAAAACAAAUCUCCUCUGCGUCAACUUUCCAACUCGUCUGCUAACUAAUAUAAUAUUAGAGAACGAAGAAAAGAGAAAUAGUCUCCUGGCUGCCUCAACAAACCGAUGUAAUUAAUAACAUGUGUAAAACAUUUUAUUCUCACAAAAUAAUCAGGAACAAAGAAGAAACGAGGGAACAAGUACAAAAGUUGGUAGUGGAUCCGUUAUGCGUCUGGCAUCUCUCCACCCGGUAUCAACUGCAAAUCAAAACACAUUAAUUAUUAUACACAUUAUAUGCCAACGAGCAACUUUACGUCGUCACACUUUCGCUACUACUUAGAAGUAUUAAUAAUAAGCUAAUCAGUUAACUAUAUUCGUGCAUAGCGAGUAUAUACGCAACUUUCUUUAAACCAAUCAAUCAUGUAACCAAUAAAAGAUUUUAAAUAGAAAAUAA